AUGUAUCCCAGUUGCUUCUGCUGUCUUUGCUGUUUCUUCCUGCCUGCUAUCUGCUCUACUGUUUCCUGCAUACUGAUGUCUUCUUGCUGUGCACUGCUGUCUGUAUUGCUGUGCACUGGUCUGUGCUGCUGUGCACUGCUAUGCAUUGCUGGCUGCACUGCUGUCUGCUGCUUGCUGCACUGCUGUAUGCUGACUGUUAUGCUCUGCUGUCUGCUGACUGGCUGCCUGCUUUUUGCUGACUGUCUGUCUGCUGACUGUCUGCCUGCUUUAUGCUCUGUUGUCUACUGCUUGUUGUUGUCUGCACUGCUGCCUUUCUGCCCUGCUGGUCUGCAUGCUGGAUGUAUGUCUACACUGCUGUCUGCACUGCUAUCUACUGCUUGUUGUUGGGGUUUGCUACACUGCUGUUCUGAUGGUGCCAGGUUGUUGUUUUGUGCUGCUGUUUAG